CCUCAACAUUCUCAACGCGCACCACACACUCCAUUCUACAGCAGUACACACGAGCUUUCGCUAGUGCCUGGCGAAAACAAAUCCGCUUGCAGACAAGAAGGACGCUGCCUCGGCCAAGCAAGCAUUGACUUCACGGUCUCCUCGCCACGUUCGGGAAACAGCAGCUUUUUUCACGUGGCCGACGCAUCAUGGAGCUCCGACGAAGCGCAGCCUUAGCCCUGGUCGGCCUUCUCGCCGCCACCAGCACCGCGGCAGCGGCGGACACCCCUUCCCCCAACGAGCCCAUCCCCAAGCCCGACUGCGACUCCGACAUCGCGGUCUCGAUCCGUUACGCCGGCACCACGGCGCGCCUGUAUCUCGAGUCGGCAGACAACGGCACCACCCGCGGCGGCUGCGUGACCCUUGGGCAGAUCUGGGAGAGUCGGGCCGGCAAGGGGCCGCUGUACGCGGUAGACCCUGACUCGGGGAACGUGAGCACUAGCGCGACCGGCACGUGGCUUCUCACGGAGGAACUGUACGUGGAGGACGGCAUCACGCUCAAGGUAUACGGGUCGGAGGCCGGAGGAGACGCUGACGAACUCCGACUGCUGAGCACUAACGAAACGUUCAUCAACCUCCGAGCGCAUGGCGGGAGCCUGGACUUCGUCAGCACCAAGGUCUUCUCGUGGGACACGAGCACCAACUCGCCGGACGAAGACGAAACCGACGGCCGGUCGUACAUCAGCGCCAUCUCGGAGAUCAUCACCGACGAGGACGAGACUUGCGAGGGUAACGCCAAGAACACCAUGGGGGAGGCCCGCAUGGACAUCGAGAGCAGCGAGAUCGGCUACCUUGGGUACUGGGACAGCGAGAGCUAUGGCCUCACUUGGAAGGUUCGCGGGUUCUGCGAGGACAAGUCUAACCCGGAGGUGUUCGACGACGUGAACGUGUACGGCAACGUGUACGACAGCGACAUCCACCACAUGAACUUCGGCCUCUACACUUACGGCCACCAGCAGGGAGAUUGGAGGAGGAACAAGAUGCACGACAACUCCGGAUACGGCUUCGACCCUCACGACGACAGCGACUUCCUCACCAUCCACGACAACGAGGUGUACAACAACGGCUACCACGGUAUCAUCGCCUCCAAGCGCUGCAACGGCGUGUCUAUCCAGGGCAACGAAGUGUAUGGCGGUGCCGAGACUUCUGCGGGCAUCUUCCUGCACCGCAGCAGUGACGACGCCAUCGUCAAGGGGAACUACGUGCACGACAACGGCGACGCCGGGUUGGCGAUGCUCGAGUCGUUCAACGCUGAUGUGUCCGAGAACACGUUCGAGAACAACAAGUACGGCGUGCGGUUCAGCGUGGGCUGUGCCGACAACGUCUUCUCCAACAACACCAUCAGCAACAACGCCGAGUACAACGCCUACUCGUACCUUGGGACGGACGAGCCGGACGUUGUUUCUUCCGGGCGGUCCCAGAACAACGUAUUCUCACAGAACUCCUUCUCCGGCGCUGAGGAGACGAUCAAGAUCAAGGAGGCCGACGGCACCCAGUUCCUCGACAACGUCUUCGAGGUUGGCGAUGCCGAUGGCCUGGUGGUGCGGUUCGACAAUGCCACCGAGAACCUCAUGCAGGGCAACACCGGGCUCGACGACGGGGAGUUCGAGCUCAAGGUGGACAACGACGCCUGCUUUGACGGGGAGGCGGACUCCGGCUACGAGCCCGUCUGCUGA